AUGAUUCGAAGACUCAAAGGAGGCAAAGCCAAAAUUGAAGAAAUGCCUAUUCAUGACAAACAAGGCAAGUUACUCACUAACGGUCAUGAACGUCUUCAUCGAUGGAGCAAACAUUUUCGUGAACUUCUCAAUGUAUCCUCCACUGUUGAUCCCUCAAUUAUACAACGAAUAUCAAUCUCUCAGAUAUCUCCUGAAGAACAAAAGCGUCAGGACAAACCUCCAUCUCUACUCGAAGUCGAAGAAGCUAUACGACGAAUGAAAAGUGGAAAAGCACCUGGCAUGGACGGAUUAUCAACUGAUGUCAUCAAGGCUGGAGGACGUGCUCUAUCUACACGACUUCAUGCUCUUUUCGUCGAAAUAUGGGAAGAGGAAAAAACAAUUGAUGAUUGGUCAACAGCAAUUAUAAUUCGUCUGUUCAAGAACAAAGGUGACAAACGGGAUUGUAGUAACUAUCGUGGAAUCUCUCUCUUACCGGUGGCAAGCAAAGUUUUCUCUCGUGUUAUUCCGAAUCGUGUGCAGAACCAUCUGGGAACACAAAUUAUGGAACAACAAGCUGGUUUUCAGUCGAAUAGAUCUACUAUUGAUCAUAUUUUUACACUUAAAUUAUUGAUGGAGAAAACACGAGUUCACAACAAAUCACUCUUCUUAUGCUUCAUUGAUAUACAAAAAGCCUACGACUCUAUUAACCGCGAAAUUCUAUGGCGUAUAUGCAGACAUUAUGGACUCUCCGAAAAAAUUGUUCGAUUGCUCCAACUUUCAUAUAAAGAUUCCAAAGCAAGAGUACGUAUCAACGGCGAAUUAUCUGAUCCCUUCGAUAUCGAAACUGGUGUUCAACAAGGUGGCAUUCCAUCACCAAUUCUUUUCAACGUCUUCUUCGAUUUUGUGAUGCGUCAAAUCUUUGAUCGGCUGGCCAUAUUAAAUGUCACAGGUCUGAUAAAAAAUAAACAUUUAAAUGAUAUUGAUUAUCCAGUUGAUCAAUGUGUUAUUACAAAACUUAUUGAUCAAGGAAUGUCCGAAACAUUAUCUCGUCAUUUUGGUUAUCUAUUUAUUCGUGAUUCACGUUUUAUUUUAAAAGAACUUCUUCAUCCGAUUGAUGAUUAA